AAUAAAAUUUAAUUAAAACCUUCCUUAUAUGCCAUACGUUCUUAUAAAAGAGACAAAGGAAGGGAAAGUUUUGAUCAAUAAUAAAUGAGUAAAAUGAACUGGAAGGGUAGUUUAUUCACUGCUACGCGGGGCCUCAGUUCAACUUUGGCCUCGAAACGACAAAGUCGAACUGUUUUCGACUUUGUGCCAUGCCGUGAUUUGUGUAUCGUGAAUCAUCCAAAUUUCAAAAAAAUCUUAAUCAACAACAAAUAAAAUUAACACAAAGAUGUUAUUAAAUUGAUAUUUAAGAACUUAAUAAUGGCAACGAUGAAAAAGCGGCCUCCAGUAAGACAAUUUUCCUUUCAAUAUGAUUCCUCGAAAGUUCCUGAACGAAGAAAGAGCCUAAAAAAGCAAUUUUCGGAAGAUUAUACCGAAACAACUGCCAAUCUUAAUAAUAAUAGUAAUAAUAAAAAAGAAAUUGAAUCCCCACCAAAUAGUAUCCGAGUAUCUUUGAGUGCCAAAGGGACGAAGCCGCCGAUUAAAGUUGCAUGGUCGGAAAAUUUCGCCAAACAAAAAUCUUUGGAUAAUGAACCGAAUAAAAUCGUGAAACAAAAUUUAAAAAUCUUUCUUAAUAAAAAUCAGAAAGAAUUAAAAGACGAUCAAUUAUCAGAUUCUUCUUACGAAAGAAAACCCAAACUUAUAUUACCCCUUAACCCCGAAAUAACCAACACCGAUAACGUUAAAAACGUUUUUCAAAAACACAUUCGAAAAAUAACAAAUCAUAAAUCAUUUUCAGAUCGUUCCUUCUCCCCAAUUCGGACCGAAAAUUCCUCAACAAUAAUAGUUCCUCUCAUCACUAAUAAAACUCAAAAAGAAUCAAAAAUUGAAUCCGUCGAAACCAACUCGAAUUCAAAUUCAAAUCUAGGAAAAGAUUUUAAUCAAAAACGAUCGCGAUCUGCUUCUUCUUCUUCUUCAUUAACCAAAAAAGAAAAUCAAUUUCGACCUCCGCUUCUUCGCCAAUCUUCGGUUCCCGUCAAAAACGAAACCAAACCGAAAUUUCCCACUACAAAAAGACGGGUUAAAACGGCUAAACCUAAAUUAACCGAUGAAUUGGUUAAUAAAAGGAAUUUAUUGAAACGAUGCGUUUCUGUGAGUGAGGUUGAAACGAUGGUUUCUUUAGUUAGUGAAAAUGAAGAAUCCGGGGAUGAAGAAAUAAGCCAAGAAAAACAAGUUGAAGAUGUAACACCAUUAAAAACUUCUUUGGUUAAAGAAAAUAAUAACGAAAGAAACUUUUCUUUAAGAAAAACCAUAAAAUCUGUUUCAUUUCAGCAAUCGACGAUACAUGCGAUUAGAAGCUUUUCCGCCAGUUUUCCGGAGAGACGAAAAUCGAUGGCUACCGCGCUUUUUUUGAACGCUUCAAAUGUCGCGCGAGUUUAUCAGAUUCACGAAAAACGAUCGCCGAUUAAUGGAAUUGAUGAUGAUGAGGAAAAUGUACCGAAAAGGAGAUUGAUAAGAACGAAAAGUGCACCUUUGGAAAGGAGAAGUAGUAUAAGUAAAGAAGAUGAAAAUCCAAGAAAAGAAAAUUCCGAAAACACUCCACAGAAUCAAGUUGGUUGUAAAAAUAAAGAUGAAUCAUCAUCAUCACUAUCAGAAGGUUUUAAUAACUGUAAAGAACAAGAAUGUUGGGAUAUGUAUUGCAAAAUGAACGAGAAGGGUGUUACGAUUUCCUUUGACACGAUCCUAAGGGGAAUGCUAACGCCCACCGAGUAUAGAUUAAGAAGUAAAGCACCUCACACCCCUUCUGCAACCGUUGAAGAUAAUUGCGAGAUAACGGAAAAUUAAUUCCGAGAUGGGGGGAAACAUGCAAACAACCCUUAACAAUGCAAUUAAGUCAAUACCAAAUAAGUUCAAUAUUACAAGAUUAAACAUUAAAAAGAACUAGAUGUUUUUUUCAAAUUCACAAUUUGUUUAGUACUGCAUUAUUACGUACUUUAGACUUAAAGAUAAAAUAGACAAAUAGUUUUUACGAUUAAUGAUUCUCUUCUUCCGAGAAAGUUAUAUUUUGCAAUUUUUUAAUAAUCACCUUUUAGAAUGUGUAAUAUAAAGUAAUUUAAUAAAAAUACUAUUAAAAA